GAAGUGACGCUGCGUAGUUGCUACGCACCAUGAUACGCUCGUGGCAACCAGCCGUAUCCCGCUAGCGAAUAUCCUGUUUUUAAUGCAGGUUUGCGUUUCAUUUGUGCGUCUUUUCAACAGAAUACAUUCUCUUCUAAAGAAGUAGGCUACAUGCGGCUGUGCCUCUGAAACACCGUUUAAAGAGCGAGCCUUCGGUAGGUAGGAAAUCGCUGUCGUUCUGUUAAAGUUAGCUAACCUAGUCGUGGUUGGUUGGACUAAGUUAUGCUAGCUGUCAAGCUGAUAAUAUCAAGUUUUGUGUCUUGGAGAAGGCUGCCAUGUUCAACCCCAGUGAUCUAGAAGGUGAAGUGGAUCAUUCAUUUUUCGACAGCGACUGUGAUGACAGCAGCAUCAGCCGAGAUGGCGGGAAGAAGAUGGAGAAAUGCUUGAAGACUGAAAAGGAGAACCAAAUAGCACAUGAGAGGCUGCAUGCAAAAGAGACUGAAAAUAGUGGUCGGACCAGUGCAUCAUCUGUCGCAUGCACGUCGGAGAAAGUCAUCAGUAAUCGUAGUGAUAGUGAGGAAGAUUCAAAUUUGCACUCGGGAAGGCCCACUGGAACAUUUAUGGCUUUGCUGACUGAGCCCAGACAGGUAGAUCAUCAGGAUGCAUACAGCCAGACUCCAAAUGAGUCUGACGAGGAGGCAUUACCGUCCAGUGCCAAAAAUUUGGGCUCAAAGGGGAGAAAUAACCAGUCUCCUAAAAAACGUACAAGAAAUCGUUGCACCCGAAGCCCAUCCCCAACGUCAUCCGAAUCUAGUGUAGAUGCAGACUCAGAGGGCUCCUGUAGCAGUGGCAACAGAAGAAGGAGUUUAGACUCCCUGACCCUUCCCGGGCCCAGCAGAUCUUCUUUAUCACCAGGAAUGAGUAGGAUCCGAGUGGACUCGGCAGGAUCACGGGAUUCAGACGACACUGUGACAGAUGUGAGCCCCCUCUCCUCUUCUGACGCCAGCCCUCUCCAGUCGUUUGGCCUGAACCACAAGGAGGCAGAAGAAGGAAACCAUAAAGAGCCGCAACAGCAGGAGAGUGUGCCCUCCAGUGGCCUCAGCAACAUACAUCAAGAUGAGGACUUGGAUCAUGAUGUAAACGAGUGUACUCUGAGCUCAGAGAGUCAGCUUGGAGAUCAACUGGUCUUCCACUGUCCUGGAGGGAGAAACAGGAAGAACUACUCAUUCACCAAUGAUGAAGUCCGAUCCAUUGACUGUGAGAACCAGCGACUUCUUCGGGAGCUUUCGCGUCUUUCUUCAGGGUCCAGACCACGAAGUACAGCAAGGAAGACAACCCGUGUGGCCAAUAACUCACCACUCAUUCGCAUCUCUCACAGCGCACUCAACAGGCAGCGGGAACAGCAGCGCAUAGAGAGAGAGAACCUGGCUUUCCUGAAGAGGCUGGAAUCUGUCAAGGCCACUCCUGGUAUAAAGCGCUCAGAACAACUGGCAGACUACCAGAGACAGGUUGGGUACCUGCGAGCUCCUUCAUACCCCCUCAGUGUGUCCGCCACAAAGAAAGGGAGGUCUGCCAGCAAGACACCCUCAGCAGGUCCCAGGUCAGGCAGUUCUGCCCAACAGAGCUCCAGAGCAGUCUCCACCACCUCCGACUCCAGCAGCGCAUCCAUGCCGAGGUCAAAAAAGCCAAGUGCAGCCCGACCAGCGUGGUGCUGAGAACACUGCUGCUUUCAGAUAUCUGCUCUACAAAGAAGCACAUCACUGCAUCCAACAGUGGUAUCCGUUGAUAUCCAUUCAUCAUUUGAGGUUCAGUUUGCAAGGUACUAAACUUAAACGAUCUUGACUUGACAAACUGUUCAGUGAUUUGUGUUGUUAUGCUUAUCAGUUACAAAGAAGUUGCACUUUUAGCUCAGAGCAUAUUGAUAUGCAUGUCAGUAGUUCAACUGUGGCUUUUUAACAGUGCGGUAACUCUUCACAGCUUGCUACCUGUGUUUUUCGCAGGAAAUAUUGCCUAUACUUCAACAGCCAUCACGACAUAACAGACGGUCGAUUGUUUAUUAGCUCAGUGAGUGGUGUUUCCAUUAAAGCUGCAGUUUUUUUGUUUACCGCCUUUUCUCACAUUUGUACAGUUUAUGAAGUGAUAAAGAUUUAUGUUUUUAAACAAUUAAAAUAUAUAUAUAUAUUUGAAAUUA